UUGCAGAUACGAAACAGUGUUCUUGUAUUUCGUUACAACUUGAACAGCUAUUAUUCUGAAGAGAUAGCUAUAUGCUUGUGCUUUAUCCCUGUAAAUGAUGGAUAUUGGCAUACAGUGAAAGCAUCCCGUUAUGGCUCAACAGCUUUUCUUCAGAUUGAUGAUGGCGAAAAUGCACAAUACAAUGGGACAUUCUCCUUUAGAGGGCACCAACUGCUUGUAGCUGAUAAAAGAGAAGGGAUAUAUGCAGGUGGCAAAGCUGAAUACACAGGAAUGAAGACAUUUGAAAUACAGGCUGAUUUUAAAAAUGGUUGUAUGGAUGACAUCAGACUGUAUGGAAAAAGUCUUCCAUUACCUCCAGUGAUCAAUGCCACCCAGUGGGCUCAGGCAGUAGUAGCCCACAAUGUAGUGUAUGGUUGUACAUUAAAUGACUCUUGUGCCUUUGUUAACUGCCCAGAACCUCUCCGAUGUGUUGAAAUGUCUGAUUCAUAUGAAUGUGUGUGUGCAGAAGAAGUACUGAAAUUUGGUAACAAUGACUGCACAGAUAACAAUGGAUGUUCACAACUGCCAUGCUGGAAUGGGGGCAUGUGCAUUUCUCAAGACAUUCUGUCACAGUAUAAUUGUUCUUGUCCAGAUGGGACAUUAGGGCCAAACUGUGAAUCUGUCCUUGAAAGCCAAAUUUUCCAACUUAGUCCCAGUGCCUUAGCAGCAAUAAUAACUUGCUUUAUUUGCAUAUUUGCCUUAGCUGUAGGCUUCCUUGUGUGGAGCCGUAGGACCAGAAGUCUUGGUAAAACAAAGCCAGAAAAUUAUGAUGCUCAUAAAAAUGGAGAAAGCUGCUGUGAUAAACUAGACAGCGUAGAAAAUACUGCUGCACUUGAUAUAAAAUCCUUACAUGGUGCUAUUGAAAGAAAAGAUAAAACUACUUGCAUUGAACUACAACAUGUGCACCUUGAAUCCAUUGUAAUAGGAAGAGCAUCUACAUUAGAAAAAUGCAAAAAAGAGGCUGAUAUAGAUUUGAUUGCACAUACAGCAGAAGACUGUAAGGUGUAUGCAUACGAGGGGGAAGUAUCUGCUGCACCGUCAAUUUCAUCCCCAGCAUCAGUUUCUUGUGCUGAAAGCCAGACUACUGGUGUGUGCGUAAACUGGGGUCCUCAGUUUGCCACUCGGAUUGAAUCAGAAGGACAUACAGAUGUUUGAAAUGUUGUACCAGAUAUAAAUAAUUCCUUGUGGCUGUGAAACUAAACAGUUGUUUGUACUCUUAUAUGUACAGACACUUGACCUGUUCACCAGGUGCAGAAAAGUGAUUCUA